AUGCAGUACGUUCAGCUUACAAUCGAGCUCAUCACCAAGGCCUUCGAGACAUUUUCUUCUAAGAAGGGAGUGGAGUUUACCAAGAAAGAUGCAAAUAAGAUCUUUAAGGCGCUUGAUGAGGAUGAGGGAGUAGAGAGAUACUACUUUUGUGGUGCAAAGUGCACCAAGUCCAAGCGCAAAUGCAUGAAGGAAGUUGAUGAUGAAGGCAUGCAUUGUUAUGUCCACGAUCCUGCGCGCAAGUGUCAAGGCACAACCAUUAAGGGCGCUAAUUGUGGUAGUGUAGCCAAACUUGGUGAAACAUACUGUGGACGUCAUCGAGAGCAGCAUAAAGGUCAUAUGAAAAGCAGUAAAAAUAAGGCACCUGCCAACAAGCGUACCAAGUCUUCCAAGAUAACCAAGAAGACACAUACUCCUGAGUUUGUCCCUUCAGAUGAUGAUAUGACUUCCGAGGAUGAAGAACCAAAGAAGCGAAAGAGAAACAAGCAGGAGUCAUCGGAUGAGGAGCCGUCCGAUGAUGAUGAAGAAGAUAUAAUUGCCGUCUCCUUUCCGUUGAGUCCAAAGAUGGGACUCCAAGAGGCAACUCCUGCUGAUGUAGAAAAAAUAGAAGAGUCUUCUGCUGAUGAGAAUUCUGACGAUGAUACAGAUGAUGGUGAUACGUCUGAUGAUGCUGGCUCUGACGAUGAUUCCCCUGAUGAUAAAGACUCUGAUGAUGGCAAGUCCAAUAACAGACCUGAUGUAGAAUCUGGAGAUGAUACCUCUAAGGAUAACCCUGAUGAAAAACUAUCUCAUAAAAAAUCUCGACAAUAUCCAUAG